AUUGAGAUCAUUAGGCCGCUCGUCAUCCAGAUCAGUUGUCUUCUCUCGCUAGCUAGCUAUCUGCGCGCUACCUUCUUGAAGCUAAUUCCUCCAGCUAGCUAAAACAUGAAGCAAAAGAUAGUUAUAAAGGUGCAAAUGACCUCCGACAAAUGCCGAACCAAGGCCAUGAAGAUUGCGGCCACAUCAUCAGGUGUGAUAUCGGUGGGAAUUCAAGGGCCAGAUAAAGAUCAGUUGGUGGUAAUUGGCGAAGGUGUUGAUUCUGCUUGUUUGACCUGCUGCCUAAGGAAGAAGCUUUGCUAUGCCACUAUAGUAACUAUUGAAGAAGUAAAGCCGGAGAAGCCCAAGCCGCCGCCUGUACCCGUGCCCUGCCCUUGUCCAUACCCACCACCACCACCGUGUCCCAUGUACUGCGAACGCUUGAUCUGCUGCCGUGAUCAAGAUCCAAAUCCCUGCCGCACCAUGUGAACACCCAGAUUAAUUGUCUCUCCCAUGAUUAAUUAAUAUUUGCAUCCCCAAUGUUAGCAUGAUCAGGUCCUCAUCGGUCGAUGAUCAGUUUCAAUUAGUGCCCUUUUUAUUUGUGCAGACAGUACGCGGUACUACUUCAUAUAUAAUAAAUAAUAAAAUAUAUGUGCAUGGCUAUAUAUAUAUAUAUA